AUGGGAUGUGCCUGGUUAACAAUCGGAUACGGGCUUCGUGCGAUGGCUGGUCGCCGGAUUCGAGGUCUAGCCGAUUUCAUCCCCCAGCAGCUUCUUAUCAUCCUGGCUCCCCUCUGGAUCAACGGUUUUGUGUACAUGGUUGUUGGCCGUAUGGUAUACAUGCUUCUAACACGUCGUCGGGUACUCAAUAUCCACGCACGACGUCUGACGUUUUUGUUUGUCAUCUUUGAUAUCAUUGCUUUCCUGGUUCAGGCCUCCUCGGGCAGCCUAAUGAGUUCGGACAACCCUAAGACAGCAAACAUCGGCAUCAAGAUCUUGAUGGCUGGUAUUGGAUUACAGCAGUUUUUCAUAACAAUGUUCAUUGUGCUGACUGGCAGAUUUCAAUACAAGCUUAAUGUCGCCGCAACUCAAGGUGGGGAUUACGUUGAACAGGAACAUGUACGUAGAGAUCCUGAGUCACAUGCUGAUGACUAUGUAUCGCAAGCCAUUCACACUGUUCCCUGGCGUCGGCUUCUCUAUUCCUUGUAUGCCGUGUUGAUUUUCAUAACAAUUCGAAACGUGUUUCGCUUGGUUGAAUUCUCCGACGGUAUCAAUGGUCCUACUGCAACUCAUGAGGCGUACUUCUAUUGUCUUGAAGCAUUGCCUAUUCUUGCGGCUGUUACGAUUCUGGCUGUUAUUCAUCCGUCUUGUGUCCUUCGUGGUCCUGAUAGCGAGUUUCCGCCCAAGGAGAAGAAAUCGAAAAAAUCAAAGCAGAAGAAGAGGAGGUCGUCUCAUAAACCUCUAACUGAGUUCAGUGAUGCAUAA